AUGGCUGUUUCAAAUAUAUGGCAAUCGUACUCUUCCUCCAAUAUACAUUGGAUUUAUCCUCUGUAUUCUAACAACAGUCUGCAAAACGUAAAGUCUUCUUUCACAGCGGAAAUAUUAUUAAAAAGAAAAUGUAAUGAUAUUCAAGAUAUGCUUGAUGACAGAAUGAUGGAGUUGUUGCUACAGGGCUCAUGUGAUUCAAAUAGACAGCAGAGUUACCUUCAAGAAAUUAGUCCAAGUAGGAAAAAAAAAACUCACGUUAAGAAAUUUUUGAAAAAGCAAAAGAAAUCAAGGAAACCAAUAACGCUGGAACAUGGCUGCUUGUCAGGCCCCGUAACUCUGCGUUUCGGAAAUUUUGCAGGAAUCAGGGAUUUGAGAGGUACGAGAUGCCUGCUCCACGGCAUAAAACAUGGCGUUCACCCAAAACCCGGAGAAAGGUGUGCAUGCCAGCAAGCCACUCUCUUUCCAAGUCCGUUGACUCGUUUCAGUUGUGACCAGUCGGUUGUACUUAAUCGGGCUGCGCCCUCCACACGACUCUAUGACAGCAUAGCCGAUGAGUUUUCAUCCUUAUAUUUUUGA